AUGGCAGUCGAAGUUCCCGACUCGUUGAACUGGCUCUCCUUCGUUACUGGGAUCCUGGGCUUCGGCCUGACAACGCUCAAUCUCAUCGCCUUGUACGCCAACUUCGUCGCCACGCUUCGCUCAGCACCGCACGAAAUCCGUGAUUCCCUUGGAAAUCUUCGACAGCAGCUGUGCGAAGAGCGCGAGGCACUUCGCCACCAGACGCGGGAGAUCCGGUCCAGAAGCAAGCUUCGUCAGCGCAUAUCUCAUAUUGGUGACAAAAUCUCUAAUACCGAGGCUCGCAAUGCGCUCAUGUAUGCUGAGAGUACCAUUCCUCUGCAUUACAUGACCCUUCGCGAUCUUUGGUAUGCUUUCAAAGACCUCGAGAGACCGUUCCUCGUAGCAAGCGGCCAUCGAGCCGAAGCAAUCCACAACGGUGCUUCGUGGGUGGAGAACGACCUAGACGAGAAGGUACGGGGAGACUUUGAGAGGCAUGGAGAGGCGGGGAGUUUUGCAGAUUGGAGCGCGUUAUAUAAGUGCGACUUCGUUCAUCGGUUUAUCUGGUGGCAGACGAAGGACAAUGUAAAGAAGUUGGGUGAUGAAGUUAUGCGAGUGAUGCUACGGAGAACAGAAAGAGAAGUCACAUAUACCCGGAUGAUGGUUAAGCAGAUGUUUCAAGGCGGUGGAACUGCACAAGUUGUCGAAGGGCAUCCGAAGCGUCCCGGGGGAGGUGGUGGAGCCAGGCAACCUUUAAGUAGGGGAUUUGUACGUGUGCCGUUGAGGAGGAGGACGCCUCAGCCAAGAUACGACCAGGAAAGCUCAUCCCUUGACCAAAUCAGAGAUGAUGAAAGCCGGAUAACAAGGUGGGGUACUGAGAAUUCGAGAGAAAACAGUCCUGCCGCCAGUGAGCAGAGAAAAAGUUAUCCCCGGAGUGACGCUGCCACCGUUGGCAAACAUCACCAUCAUCGCCAUCGCCACCGACAUCAACACAAAAGGGAGAGAUGGGGUGAUUUUCAGGCUCGAGCUGACAGAGCCUAUGAGAGUGAGAAUUUGGCCGAGGUAUCAAGGGAUGGAGGGCACAGGGUUAUUGAGGUGAUUCCUAGACGCGAUUUUGAGCAUCAUCCACAAGCAAGGCUAAAUGACGAAGAGCAUUGA